AGAACUUUUUUUGGUUUCCCUGGCCCUGUCUUGUAGUUCACGAUGUUUUGGGGGGUCACUCUUGAUUCUGGAAACCGCUACACCCAGACAGUGGAAAAGUCAUUUCAUUUAUCAAUGGCUGCUCUGGGCUUUCAGAACUUUUCGUCAGUACCAGUCACAGUAAUGGUUGAGGUAGAUAAAGCUCAGUUUGUACUGUGCACAUUUUUUUUUGGAAAAAUUCCACAACAGCCUUUAGACUAUUGUUUUACAGAAGGAGAAGAGAUAACUUUCUUUACAGAAGGCCCUGGGGAUGUACAUCUAACAGGUUAUUUAAUGGAAGAACCAAGUACUUUGGAAUUUGAAGAGUCUGCAGAGGAAGGAAGCAAUUCUGAUUCGGCAGAGGAGGACGAUGAAUCAUCCAGUGAGGAAGUGACUCUUGGAGACUUAUUUCAAAGUGGAGAUUUGAUUGGUGAUGGCAGUGAUGAUGAGGAUGAAGAGAGCGGAGAUGUGGACUGGGACCCGUUGAAGGAUAAUCCAAAGAAAAAAAAAACAAGCAAGAAAAAGAAGAAGAAAAAACAGGCUGAGAAUUUUUUUUUAAACAAUAUUAUAUCUCUAAUGGAUGUUGAACAAGCUGAAGUAACUAUGUCAAAUGAUGGUACGAGUGGUGAAAAUGAAGAUAGUACUGGAGGGCAGAAUAGCACUCAAUCUGAAAAUGAACUCAGAAAGAAAGAUGGAAACAAGAAAAAGAGGAAAACGAGUGAAACAGAAAAUCAAACAAUUGAAAAUGGAUUUAAAUCAGCUAAAAAACUCAAGAAAAAAGCCAAGAAAACUCAAUUAAAUUCACCAAACAGUGAUGGCAAGAUAGAAAAGACAAAAACUCAGGAUUUUUUUAGUGGGCAAACUUCAUUAGAUACUAGCUCACCUACAAAAAACAUUGACACUCAAGUUAAACAAGAAACACAAAUGAAUAAAGAAAAGGUGACACAACCGAGUUCUGGUAAACAGAAUGAUCAAGCACAAGCCACACCGCAGGCAAAGAGGAAAAUUUUUUUAGGAGGAACUGUGUUUGAGGACAUUACAAAAGGAACAGGACCAGUGGCCAAAAAAGGACAGAUGGUUCAUGUAUAUUAUAAAGGAAAUUUAGCAAAGAAUAAAAAGCAGUUUGAUGCUUGUCUGAGUGGACGUCCAUUCUCAUUCAGAGUUGGUGCAGGAGAGGUCAUACAAGGCUGGGAUCUGGGUGUCACUGGAAUGCAAGUAGGUGGAAAAAGAAGAUUAAUAGUGCCUCCAUCACAAGGAUAUGGUCAUAAAAAGAUGGGACCAAUUCCACCAAACAGUACAUUGGAGUUUGAAGUUCAACUUGUGAAACUUCAGUAAUAUACUAAAUCAACUGAGACAUGCUACUGUUAUGCAAAUCUGCUUUCCACAUGUGCAAACUCAGACCAUUUCUACAAAUUUGUAAGUUGGAGUUUUGAUGGUCUACUUACGAAACUGUAAUAAUAUACUACCAGUACCUGUAAAUCGACUGUCAAGUGAGUCAGUUGCCUACAUGUACAUUGAAUAACACUAGCAUGUGAAGGACUGAUAUACCAAAACUACCACAUCUUGAGUGAGAAUAAUUAUCCUUCUUGCUUUCAAUUCAAUAACAUUCUGCAAUAGAGAUAUCCCCUCUGAGGUGGUUAUUUCAGAAUUUUAUGAUUGAUUCUUUAUCAGUUAUCAAAUUUCACAACCCUGCUGCAGAAAGCCACCAUUUUCCUGUCAUUAUUUUAGCUCAUUUUCUUCCAUCAUAAUUUCAUUUUCAAAUAUUGUUCCUAUGCAAGACUCAUGGUUGUAAAAGGUACUUGUCAUUUAUUCUUAUAAAAAGGCAUGUAUGUGUCAGAGUUUAAUGUGAUGAACACUAGCUUUUCUUGCAUGCAUUUUAACUAUUUCUUUCUUUAAAAGAUUUUUCACUUUUGAAACUCCUAUCAUUUUAACAAUAUUUUAUAUGAAGAAAGUAACAGGUACAUUUAUUAGUUGAUGGAAAAAUGUAAUAAACAAAAGUAUAAAUUAACAAGUGUCCUCAAUUGUACUAACAAAAUUUGUUAGACUUAAUGAAGAAAACAACCUCUGAGCUUUUCCCUUUGGAUAAAGCUCAUGGUUUAGUAAUGGUAAUAGGAUUGAGUGGCAUCCAAUUUGGUCGGAGUGUAAACAAAAUUAGAUGAUUGUGCCACAGGAUUCUGAUUUGUUCAUUGUGAGUAUGAUUACAGACCAAAUUGGACAACAUAAAGACUUCUUGCCAAUUAAUCAUAAAAAUUACAAUUUCUGAGAAAAGAAGAAUAGCCAAGUGAUGAAAGAAAAGGAAAAUUACAUUUAAAGUCUGACAAAGGUGACAUAAUUUGUUUAACCUAUUGACGUCCAGUGUGCCCGUAAGUGCCCAUGUGGACCCACACUCUUUCUACACCUUGUGACGUCAUCCCUUUUAACCCUGUAGCAUGACUUUGAACACGUACUCGAACAGGUUGAAAAUAUCUUACAAACGAAACCAGAAUGAGUGAAAUUGAAUGAAGGAGAUUGGAGAAAUAGCCAAAAAACCAUGUAACUUUGACCUGAAAAUCUGC